AUGUCCACUCACGUUCUGGGAUUUUCACGCAACUGGACUCCCCUCCCCCUGGCAGCGCCCAGGGGCGCUGUCUCCUCUCCCCCAGAUCCGGCAACCGCAGGGAAUGACACGGGUGCCCCUACAGCCCCGGCUCCGGGCGGGGAGGGCGAGCCCCACAGCCGGCACCAAGACGCCCGCCUGGGCAGCACCGAUAAGGAGCUGAAGGCAGGAGCCGCCGCCGCGGACAGCGCCCCGACAGCGCCGGGGACCCCCUGGCAGCGGGGGCCACGGGUCGAGGUUAUGGAUGCAGCGGGCGGCUCCCGGAACCCGCUCCCAAGGCCCUGCCGAGUGCUGGUGCUGUUAAAUCCGCGCGGGGGCAAGGGCAAAGCCCUGCAGCUCUUCCGGAGCCACGUGCAGCCCCUGCUGGCCCAGGCCGAUGUCUCCUUCACGCUGACGCUCACUGAGCGGCGGAACCACGCCCGGGAGCUGGUGCGGGCGGAGGACCUGGGACGUUGGGACGCGCUGGUGGUCAUGUCUGGAGACGGGUUGAUGCAUGAGGUGGUGAACGGGCUCAUGGAGCGGCCUGACUGGGAGACCGCCAUCCAGAAGCCCCUGUGUAGCCUCCCAGCCGGCUCUGGCAAUGCACUGGCCGCUUCUGUGAACCAUUAUGCCGGCUACGAGCAGGUGACUAAUGAAGACCUCCUGACCAACUGCACCCGGCUGCUGUGCCGCCGGCUGCUGGCGCCCAUGGAUCUGCUGUCCCUGCAGACGGCCUCCGGGCAGCGCCUCUUCUCCGUGCUCAGCCUGGCUUGGGGUUUCAUCGCUGACGUGGAUCUGGAGAGUGAGAAGUUUCGGCGCCUGGGUGAGAUGCGCUUCACUCUGGGCACCUUCCUGCGCCUGGCGGCCCUGCGCACCUACCAGGGCUCCCUGGCCUACCUCCCUGUAGAAACGGUGGUCUCCAAGAUGCCCCCCUGCCCCGCUCGGGCCCAGCAGGCCCAGCAGGGCCCUGUGGACGCCCACCUGGUGCCCCUGGAGGAGGCAGUGCCCUCUCACUGGACAGUGGUGCCGGAGCAGGACUUUGUGCUGGUGCUGGCACUGCUGCACUCACACCUGGGCAGUGAGAUGUUUGCUGCGCCCAUGGGCCGCGGCGCGGCCGGCACUAUGCACUUGUUCUAUGUGCGGGCAGGUGUGUCUCGGGCCACGCUGCUGCGCCUCUUUCUGGCCAUGGAGAAAGGCAGGCACAUGGAGUGUGACUGUCCCCACUUGGUGUACGUGCCCGUGGUUGCUUUCCGCCUGGAACCCAAGGACGCGCAGGGUGUGUUUGCUGUGGACGGGGAACUGAUGAUCAGCGAGGCUGUGCAGGGCCAGGUGCACCCACACUUCUUCUGGAUGGUCAGUGGCUGCAGGGAGUCCCCACCCCCUCUGGAGCCACAGGCCUCGCCCAGCCAGAGGCCACCUCCAGCGGAGCACUUAUGA